AUGAACGCAGCAAAGCCUAUGCUUCAGAAAUCUCGAACACAGGGUGUUUGGCCAACGUUCUCUCCAUGGCGGGAAGUGGAAAUUGUCGAGAGUCUUCGCCGAUUGCCUCACCAAUUGCGCGGCCCCCUGUUCUCACCCACAGACUGGCGCAAGCGAGCCACGAACGACAGUGCCAGAUCAGGAGGCCCGCUCUCGGUCAUGGAGCGAAACUAG